AUGUCUACACCUAGUGAUGAAGAGUCACCAGAACCCAGCCCCCAGCCAAGUUUCUCUGAGAAGGAAAACUUCCACUCACAAUACAAAAUCAUAAAGACUAUUGGCCAGGGGAGCAAUGCCAAGGUCCACUUGGCCCACCACCGUCUAACAGGCACACCCGUGGCUGUCAAAGUUGUUGUAAAGAAGGAGCAGCUAAUCACAUCCGAGGCAGAAAUAAUGAUGAUGACAAAUCAUCCCAACAUUGUAUCACUUCUCCAGGUCAUCGAGUCGGAGAGGAGAAUAUACCUUGUGAUGGAGCUGGUCGAGGGCCAACAGCUUUACCAACAUAUCCGAGAGUCCGGCCACCUGGAGGAGGAUGAGGCCCGGGGAAUAUUCAGGCAAAUUACAGCAGCUGUGAGCUAUUGCCACAACGUGGGUAUAAUUCACAGGGACCUCAAACCAGAUAACAUCAUGUUAGAGAGGAAUGGAAGAGUAAAAAUCAUUGAUUUUGGUCUCGGAACCCAAGUCUACCCAGGGCAGAGGCUGAGCCAGCAAUGUGGCGCUUACUCUUUUGGUGCCCCAGAACUCUUCCAAGGUAGACUUUAUGAUGGCACCAAGAUUGACAUAUGGACCUUAGGUGUUGUAUUAUAUUAUAUGGUGGUUGGGAGGGUCCCAUUUGAUACUGUCAUCCUAUCAGAACUGCGAAAUAAGGUUGUGUCAGGGAAGUAUUUUAUACCAUCUGAACUCUCCAAGGAACUUCGGGACCUGAUUAGCCUUUUGCUAACGGUGAACCCAAAAUAUCGGCCUACCAUCAAUGAAGUGUUGACACAUCCCUGGCUCAAGAAACACACAGAGGGAUUCCAUAAUCACCCCGAGGAAAUGAUCCCCAGGCUUGCUGACCCUGCAGUUCUCAAAGCAAUGGGAUAUAUUGGUUUCAAAUCCCAAGAGAUCAAAAACUCCUUGGAAAAAAAAACAUUUAACCAGGCCAUGGCAUGCUAUUACUUCUUGAAAGGACAGAUUCUCCAGGGGCAGGGCUGCACAUCCAAGCCUCCUUUCCUUAAUCCAGGUGUGACACCAUUUCCUUCACUAGAAGACCCUGCUGCUUUCCCUCUGAAACCAAGGAGGAGGGGAAGUGAGCCUGCCCUUGGCUCAUUGCUCAGGUCAUCCUCAGGUCAAGAGGAGUCUGCCUGUGGCCAGAAGUGGGGACCCAAUAUCACUGAUGUGGACCCAACUCUAAAAGGUGCUUCUGUGGACCCCAUCCCUUCAUCGGGAGUCCAUCUCCCCAUAAAGCCAACAGCUCCCUCAGGGAACACGGCGGCAGGCAUGGCAGGGAACAUGGUGGCAGGCAUGGCAGGUGUGGCGCUGGAGAAGUAG